GCGGCCGCCGGGAGCGGCGUGGCGGCCGAUGCGGAGCGGUGCCCGCGGCGCCAUGGCAUCCAACUACAGAAAGCCUGGCUUAGGUACAGCCCCACGGAAGAAAAGUAGCUUGAAACCUGAACUUACUGAAGAGCAAAAGCAGGAGAUCAGAGAAGCUUUUGAUUUGUUUGAUACUGAUGGAUCUGGGAGCAUUGACGUAAAAGAACUGAAGGUUGCAAUGCGUGCUUUAGGCUUUGAGCCGAAGAAGGAGGAAAUUAAGAAAAUGAUAGCGGAUAUUGACAAAGAAGGAAGUGGCACCAUUGACUUUGAAGACUUCUUGGCAAUGAUGACACAAAAGAUGAGUGAGAAGGACUCCAAAGAAGAAAUACUGAAAGCUUUCAGAUUAUUUGAUGAUGAUGGCACAGGAAAGAUUUCUUUCAAAAACUUGAAGCGGGUUGCCAAGGAGCUGGGAGAAAAUUUAACCGAUGAAGAACUUCAGGAAAUGAUUGAUGAAGCUGAUCGAGAUGGAGAUGGAGAAGUAAAUGAGCAAGAAUUUUUGAGAAUCAUGAAGAAAACUAGCUUAUAUUAGUGUCUGUUACCUCGCUUUAGAGCUGCUUCAAAAGGUGACCUGAAAAAGACUUAAAAAACAAGACUAAUGUCUCYAAAAUAUUUUAUGAAAUUAAAAAAAAGUCUAAAAGGACAGAUUUUUGGUUCACUCUUCUGUUUCAAAAAUGUUUUGAGGAAAGAGSCACUUCAGUACUGAGAAGAAAUGAGAUAUUGCACAAAUGAAGAAUAAGGAUGAACCUGAAAGAUAGGGUCUUUCUUUUAACGACAAUUUAAGUGAUUGCCAUUUAGAGUAAAAACUAUUCAAUUAAGUUAUUUCAGAGCCCACUGACUCCCACUGUUUCAGGGAAAGGCUGGCUWUGAGUUUCCUAAAGCUGCUGAAGAUCAAUAAGGAGAUCAGCUUAAAGUAUCUUAUAUACAGUAUAGUCUUAAAAGUACAAGCACAGUUUCUGUUCUUUUUAAGUCUUUUAGGUCAUCUUUUGGUAUGUYGCUUUUUUCUAUUUCCACAAAUAACUCUGAAAAUCAGUUGCAUACCUGUAGUUAUUUCUGUAUGAAACACUGAAUUCUCRUGGCAACUUCUUUUGGACCUGAUGGGAAGCAAAUGUGGGUAACCAGAUACACUCCUUCACUGAGAGCCUUUUGCCAUCUUUACAUGCUCAGUUAUUUAAUAGUUCUGUGAUUGUCUGAAACCUGGUUCAUCUGGUCUGCUGCAUUUAUCAAAGUUUACUGUGUAGCUGGGCAAUGUGGUAUGGUGCCACUGUACUUACUCCCAGGACAUUAAAAUAUUUUACACCAUGUUAUUAUUUUAAGUACAUAAGGAAAGCUCAGUGCUGUGGUUCCCUGGGUUAAUUUCKGUCCUCGACUAUUUACAGCUAAGUGGCAAAGGACAACCUGCAAUUGAAAUGGAAAAAUAAUUUGCUACCUUGGACAGCAGUGAAACACUGAAUGUAUAAAGAUGCAUCAAAUCCAAAUUCAUUUUAACCAUUACAGCUGUUUGAUUUUGGGAACAGUGUUUCAUUUCUUGGCUCUUUCUCAUGUAUACAGUCCAUCAUGGAUGUGUGGAUAGCCACACUGCCUUCCCUAGCACAGGGCCCUGGUUCAGGAUCAGGCAGUCAGCUUUGACCUGCRGGGCUGAGCCUAACCCGUGUUCCCUCUGGUGAGUUUAUUACCACUGACACUGAAACAAGGCGGGCAUAUCCA